GCUCUGCUGGGGCAUGACUGGGCUCGGGCUGGGCUAGGCUCACCUAAGAGGAGUGGCCCCCAGGCAGGCCCCUCCCUGGUUCCAGCUGAGGACCGAGGGCUCCUCUCUGUGCCCCUGAAGCCGUGCGUCUAGGGGCUUUGCUCUGCCCAUUAGCAUAAGUGCCGUCCGGAACCCCCCGCUUGGUGUCCGGCACCACCCCGACCUCGGUGGACCUGUGCUCACACCUUGCCUUUUCCCAGUUGACAGAAGAGCCAGAGACUACCCCAGUACUGGCAGUGACAACAGUGAGGCCCGCCCCACCAGCGCCCAAAAUCCAGACCCUGGCUAGGGCUCUCUGUGACCCCAAGUCUCCAGCACAGGCCCCCAGUGUCCCCAUCAUGCAGAUCAGACGGAGGUUGGAAGCUGCCCCCCCAAAUCAGCCCAGCACCCCUUGAGUAGCUGAAGCUGUCUGUCCCCUGGACACUCCCUGCUGUCUGUCCUCUCCCACAGAUCACAUAGAGGCCCAGGCCUCUCUGAGCAACACAGCCAGCGUGGGCUUUCUGAGUGGACAGCCCCCGAGGAGCCAUCACCCGCUCCCUCCUCCCAUCCCCCUUCCUGGCACAGACAGGGGCUCAAAAUAGACCUGGCCCCACGUGGCCGCCCAGCCCGGCCGUCCCGCAGGCCCUCCGCGUCUGAGCUGUGUCUCGGCAAUCCCGGCCUCGUGUGUGUUCUCAGCUACCAGUGCAGGGGCCAACCGAGAGAAGCCCAGGAGGGCGCCAGGUUCUUCUUCCCUGGGAUUGGGCGGCCACUGGCUGCUCGUGGGCGCUGCUGAAAUGGUGCGCAACGUGGACGACCUGGACUUCCACCUGCCCACGCACGCCCAGGACAUGCUGGACGGACGCUCCCAGCCCAUGCUGGCCGACGUCACCCUGCUGGUGGGCGGCCGGGAGCUACCCUGCCACCGCGGGCUCCUGGCGCUCAGCAGCCCCUACUUCCAUGCCAUGUUCGCCGGCGACUUUGCCGAGAGCUUCUCUGCACGCGUGGAGCUGCGGGACGUGGAGCCGGCCGUGGUGGGGCAGCUGGUGGACUUCGUGUACACGGGCCGGCUGACCAUCACCCAGGGCAACGUGGAGGCGCUGACGCGCACGGCCGCGCGCCUGCACUUCCCUGCCGUGCAGAAGGUCUGCGGCCGCUACUUACAGCAGCAGCUGGACGCCGCCAACUGCCUGGGCAUCUGCGAGUUCGGGGAGCAGCAGGGGCUGCUGGGCGUGGCCGCCAAGGCCUGGGCCUUCCUGCGGGAGAACUUCGAGGCCGUGGCACGUGAGGAUGAGUUCCUGCACCGGCUGGCUGCCUGUCUGGCCAGCGACCUGCUGCAGGUGCAGCCCGAGCAGAGCCGGCUGGAGGCCUUGCUGCGCUGGAUCCGCCAUGACCCGCAGGCCCGGGCCACCCACCUGCCCGAGCUGCUCGGCCUGGUGCGCCUGGAUGCCGUGCCCAGGGCCCAGGUACAGCAGCUGCUGGCCACAGAGCCGCUGAUCCAGGAGUCGGAAGCAUGCCAGGUGGCACUGUCCCAGGGCCACGGCGGGGUGCUGCCGGCCCUCCUGCCCAAGCUGGAGGAGGUCCUGGUGGUGGUGGGCGGGCGGGCGCUGGAGGAGGACGAGGAGGGCACCGAGGAGCCCGCGCCCCACCCCGGGAACUUCGCCUUCUACAACACCAAGGCCAGGCAGUGGACGGCGCUCCCCGACUUCCCCGACUACCACAAGUGGGGCUUCUCCCUGGCAGCGCUCAACAACGACGUCUAUGUCACAGGUGGCUCGCGGGGCAGCAAGACAGACACCUGGUCGACCACCCAGGCCUGGUGCUUCCCGCUGAGGGAGGGGGCCUGGAAGCCCGUGGCACCCAUGCUGAAGGCCCGCACCAACCACGCCAGCGCGGCGCUCAAUGGCGAGAUCUAUGCCAUCGGCGGCACCACGCAGGAUGUGGUGGAGGUGGAGAGCUACGACCCCUACACCGACAGCUGGACGGCCGGCAGCCCCGCGCCCAAGUACGUCAGCAACUUCUCAGCCGCCGCCUGCCCCCCCCGCCUCUACCUGGUGGGCUCCAGCGCCUGCAAGUACAACGCGCUGGCCCUGCAGUGCUACAGCCCCGUCACAGAUGCCUGGAGCGUGGUGGCCUCACCCUUCCUGCCCAAGUACCUGUCGUCCCCGCGCUGCGCUGCGCUGCACGGGGCGCUCUACCUCAUCGGCGACAACACCAAGAAGGUCUACGUGUACGACCCCGGGGCCAACCUGUGGCAGAAGGUGCAGUCCCAGCACAGCCUGCAUGAGAACGGUGCACUGGUGCCGCUGGGUGACACGCUCUACGUGACGGGCGGCCGCUGGCAGGGCAUGGACGGCGACUACCACGUGGAGAUGGAGGCCUACGACACCGUGCGGGAUGCCUGGACGCGCCACGGCGCCCUCCCCCGCCUCUGGCUCUACCACGGGGCCUCUUCCAUCUUCCUGGACGUGUCCAAGUGGACGCGGCCCUUCGGCCCCGCCCAGGAGCCCUGAGUCCUCGGUGCCCUGUGCCCACCACUUGGAGCUGUCGCUCUCAGCCUCGGCCGGGCCACAGGGGACAUCGGACGGUACAGCUGGAGGACAUGCCUUGGUCUUCAGAGCCACCAGCCCGGCUCUGAGCUGACAGUGACAAGGGUCCGCUCUCUGCCCCCCCCCUGGAAUGCAGAGCUCUGCUGCCCUGCAUGGGGGCCAGAUGGCACCCUCAGAAUUCACGGGCAGCCCUAGUGUCACCCUGCGGCUCCUAUGGCUUUUGGAGCUGCUGCGCGGGUGCAGGGGAGCCCGCGAUGGCCUGUGAAGAGGGAAGGGCCCUGAACUCAGCCAUGUGACCGCAACUUCCCCACUCUGGGCCCUGGGCUCUGUGUCCCCUCACAGCAGCCACCUCAGAGGGCUCUGGGCUCUCCCACCCCACCUCUGCAUGUUGGGACCUUGUUUUCAAAUCUGCUUCUGGGGACAACAGAGGCCCCAGCCACUCCUACACCAUCCCUCCCGCCUGGGUCACCCACAGAGGCACCAGGUGGGAAGGAGGAGGGCAGGGGCAAGGAGGGAGGGCCUCCGGUAAGCGGUAAGGGUGCCAGGAGAGUGCUAAGGUGGGUCUGUCUCAUGGAGUGAUUGUGCAUGAGAAUGAAGGCUCUUCCAUAUACAGUGGAGUUCCCCUGGGCUCAGC